AUGAUCCUCUCCAUGAUAGCAAAAUUUACCGUCUUUGCCCUCGCUUCAUUCACAGCUGCUACCGGCAGCUCUACGCCCAUCGUCGACCUAGGCUAUGCGCAGUACGAAGGUAUCCGUGAUGAUAAAUCCGGCAUAACCGCUUACUAUGGUCUGCGCUAUGCCGCUCCGCCAACAGGUCGACUACGAUGGCAACCACCGGUUAAUAUAGAGAAGCGGAACAACUACUCUAACCGCCAGGUCUUGGAUGCCACUGCCCCUGGACCCCAGUGUCUGCAGCAAUCUCCUGUAUGGCAGUCAUCCAUACCAGCAAAUAACCCAGUCAGUAGCGAGGACUGCCUACUUCUGGAUGUUAUCGUACCAUCCGUCCCGACGAACACGAGUCUGCCGGUCAUAGUUCAGAUUCACGGCGGAGGUAACUGA